GUCAUGCUUCAUCAGUUGAACAUUAUGGUGUAAUGAAUGACAGACCAAAUACUCCAGCACCUAAACAAGAAAAUAAGGGAAAAAUCACAGUAAAAGCAUUAAUCGAUAUAACAUCUAAAUCCAAUACUAUUAGCAAGUGCUUGUAUAAUAAGCUUGAAGAAGAUUAUAGGUUAGAAGAUGGUACCGAAGUAAUAGAUUUUCAAAUUCACAAAAAUCUAUUAUUUGAUUUGGUGCUAGAACAGGAUUGGUUACGGAUGCGCGAAGCAAAAAUUAGCUUUGGAUUUUCUCUGGAAAAUUGUAAGCGCUAUGCUAAAAUUGAGAUAAAUGAUAUGAGUAUCCCAUUAAUCAAAAAAGAUAGCAGACCUAUAGGCGACUCUUCGAGCCAUAAAGCCAGCUCCACUAAAAAUAACUUAUCUAUUGCAGAGCAGGCCGUAUUGUAG